GCUGUCACAAUCGCGCAACUACCUUCCUCGGGUCGGCGGUCGCCUCCUCUGCCCCUGAUUUAGAUAUUGACACCUCCGUAGUGAAAAUCACAACGCAACUCUCUCUCUCUCUCUCUUUUCGAUUCGUGCUCUCAAAAUUCUCGUCUUUGUUAAGCUACUUCCUCAUACACGAAAGAAUCUUGCUGUGAUCCGCGUAUUAAUAUCUGCAUCGUGCAAUUUUUGUUUGUAUUUCUGCUCCAGUAUCUGAACCUUCUGAAGAUUUUGGCGGGAGGAAUUCAUUGCCGCCAAGGAGUAUCGGUUUCUAAAGUUCGUUUUCCUGAAUGCGUGUGUUGAUUUCGUUUUUCCGUUUGUUUGAUUUUGGUUUCGUUCUUGUUUUUAUCGCGUUCUUAAUUUUUGGUAGCCUCGUCCUCGUGCAGUAACUUGUCGCAUUUUGCGAUGCCUUUUUUGCGCUCAUUUCAGUUCUGUUCUUUUUUUUUCCUAUCGCAGUGAUGAAUUCUCUGUCAGAAAUAUUGCUCGAUUGUUCGUGAGAAUUUUGUUAAUAUUUAAAUGAGUGAUUUUAUUCUCAGUGCAUUUUUUUUAUAUAUGCGACGAUGGAGAGGAGAAUCUAAGCCUUAGCCGUUUGAUUAAGAUGAGCCAGUGUUAGAUGUCGACUGCUCAACUAAAUCACUGUUUCAGCGCUAAAUACUUAUUUAUUGAUUAGUUUGCGACAGCGAUAAGUUUAAUGUGGAAAAUGACGUCCGUAUUAGCUGCUUGCAGAUCUCGGACACUAUGUUUGAAUAAUUUGAGGCUAUCUGAAUGGGGGAACCUUUUUGCUGGCUGCAACUUUUUCGGGGGUCUUAUUUAUAUUUGGUUGUUUUCUUGUCGAGGAGUGAAGUUGGAAAGUGCUUUUCCUAGGUUUCACCUAGCAACUCUCUCCGUGGACACUGAAGUACACUUUGUCCACUUCUCACCUUUUGGACUGAGUUAAUGUUAACACACUAGUGGCUGUCAUUCUUUAUGGGAAUUUUGUGCUCCAUCCAAAUCCAAACAACUUGAUUCCAAAUAGUGUUCCUCGCAUUAUCAUUCGGUUAUAGUGAUAUAUGUCUGUCUGGAUAUAAGACAGGGUGACUCAACUUCUAGAUAGGCAAUAUAUGCUAUUUUUUUCUUUAGUUGGGUUGUUUCUGCCCUGAUUCUAGUGCCGCUUGCUCAGAUAGUUUGGUAAGAAUGUCACUAUGAGUCUGAGAAUAUAUUAGGAUUUAUUUGGAAUGAUUGAGUCGAUAUGCAGUGAAUGUAAAAGAUAAGCUUCAUGGUCUUGAGGUGUUCCCCAUUUGGAGGGCAGCUAUAUUAGAAAUGCAUGAAUAGAUUUAGGCAUUGAUUUCUUAAUGCAGAUUUUUGGUGUAUUUCAUAGCUGCUAGAUAUUCCUAUUUUCAUACCACAGUACAAUGGUGUCUGUUGCUGUUAAUCACGAUCUUUCGAGCAGUCUACAAGUUGAGUCCAACUUCACAGAAAAAGGGUUGGCUGGAGAUAGUGUGGUUACAAAUUGCAUUGAGGUUUGUGAAUCACCUUUAGAGUCUUCACAUGAAGAGCAUAUUCCUACUGGAGGAAUGUGUGAUGAAGAAGUUGCUAGCACCGAAACUUACAAUAAAGGAUACCUGAACUAUGGUUGUUCCCAUUAUCAUCGGAGGAGUCAAAUCAGAGCACCUUGUUGUAAUGAGAUAUUUGAUUGCCAUCACUGCCACAAUGAGGCAAAGAACAAUAUUUGCAUUGACCAAAAGCUCAGGCAUGAUAUCACUCGCCACUUAAUUGAGAAGGUCAUAUGCUCACUUUGUCACACUGAACAGGAGGCUCAACAAGUUUGCAGAAAUUGUGGGGUGUGCAUGGGAAGAUACUAUUGUGGAACUUGCAAGCUGUAUGAUGAUGAUAUAUCGAAAGACCAGUAUCAUUGUGAUGGCUGUGGUAUUUGCAGGGUCGGAGGCUCCAAUAAUUUCUUUCAUUGCGAUAAAUGUGGAUGCUGCUAUUCUAUGGUUUUGAAAAGCAGCCACCCUUGCAUUGAGAGGGCAAUGCACCAAAACUGUCCUGUUUGCUUUGAGUAUCUGUUUGAGUCGAGAAACGAUGUAGUUUCUAUGCCUUGUGGGCACACCAUACAUCGAACAUGCUUGGAACAAAUGCAGGAUUACUAUCGGUACGCUUGCCCCAUCUGUUCGAAGUCAGUUCGCAAUAUGUCAAAAGUGUGGGAGAAGUAUGACCUGGAGAUUGCAGCUACUCCUAUGCCGCCAUAUUAUGAAGAUAAGAUGGUUUGGAUUCUUUGCAAUGACUGUGGAAGUAAGUCUGAAGUGAAAUAUCACAUUGUCGGCCAGAAAUGCCACGACUGCAAAUCUUACAACACCCGGCAAACAAGAGGCCUUGGCAGAUAGAUUUGCUGUAUGCUUCAAUCACAUAUGGGGUUUGUUUCCUUAUACUAACUUCUACAGUAAUUUGAGGAAACCAAUCCUAAUAUUCUUGUUGUUUGCUCAGUUCAUCUUGUAGCUGAAAUUCGAUCGUUAAAUUAAUGAUCAUUUAUACGAUCGUUUUUCAAUCAUUAAACCUCGCUUUUCUAUGAUAUUAGAUAGGUUAGGAAGUUCUAAAGUUAUUAUUGAAAUAAUAUGGUUCCAAUUUGUUGUACUCCGUAUAUAAAAAAUAAAAUUGAAAAUGGGAAAUUUGUUCUA